UUACACCGUUUCAACUGUGCUUAAGAGUUUACGUAGCAUAAGAAACCAUUUUGGGUGUACCAAGAUGGCGGCGCUGUAGCUGCGGUGUUUCCAGGGAAGCCGCCGCUGCCGUCACAUCAGUAGGACUAAUGCCACUGGCGCCUCUCUAUGGUAAGGCAGUGACUGGGUCGCUGCAGUCGCCGGGAUGUAAGUGGAGGACCUGAGACUAGGGCAGCAUCGAGCAUGGCCGGAAUAAUCAAGAGGCAAAUCCUAAAGCACUUGUCAAGGUUCACCAAAAACUUGUCUCCGGAGCAGAUAAAUCUGAGCACCUUGCGCGGGGAAGGACAGCUGACAGAUCUGCAGCUUGAUGAGGAGGCGCUCCAGAACAUGCUGGAUUUACCAACAUGGCUAGCCAUCACACGGGUGUACUGUAAUCGUGCUGCUAUUCGGAUACAAUGGACCAAACUGAAAACUCAUCCUAUUUGCCUGAUGCUCGAUAAGGUGGAGAUUGAGAUGAAAACAUGUGAGGACCCUCGUCCUCCUAAUGGACCAUCCCCUAUAGCUCUGGCUGCAGGUCAGAGUGAAUAUGGCUUUGCAGAGAAGGUGGUGGAGGGCAUGUUCAUAGAAGUCGGCUGUGUCAGUAUCAAGAUUGAGUCACACACUUUUCGUGCAUCGCUACAGCUCUGGCAGCUUCAAGGUUACAGCGUCAGCCCAACCUGGCAAAAAAGUGAUUUGCGCUUUACCCGCCUUACCCAUCCACAGCGAGGAGAGGUCCUUACAUUUAAACAGGUGACUUGGCAGACACUUCGCAUUGAAGCUGAUGCAUCAGAAAGUUAUGACGAUGCCCCAAGCACUCCCCUGCGCCUACUUACCAAUGGGGGACAAAUGAAUAUUGCACUUAAAAGACGGACUAAGGACUGUUUGGUGCUGUCCUCCAAGCUAUCAUUUUCAUUAGAUGAGCUUCUGUGGGUCCUCACAGACUCUCAGCUCAGGGCGUUGCUUUCAUACACAAAAUCCUUAAGUGAAGCUGUGCAGAAAUCAGUGAGACAGAGAAAGGAGAUUGGAGUGGAGCAGGUCCCUUCUCCCACAGCUCCUCCACCAUGGUCUGUGUCCCCUUCCCAUUCUUCUUCCUCUAGUAUUGGUCAGUAUUUUGACAAGUUUGAUGUGAAAGAGACCUCUUAUCAUCUCCUCAUCGCAAGACUGGAAAUACAUGUGUGUGAUGAAUGCCAAACAAGGGGUACAGUGUCCGGAGGAGCAAUCCAGAUGACUUUCCGCAGAAUCGGAUUGGACUAUUAUCCAUCCCACAUGGCAGGGCAGAGCUGCACACAUUGGAAUCGGUUUUCCUCUGCAAUGGGCACAUGUGAGCACUGGCUACAGGAACUUGCAAUAGAAAGGCAGGCAAAGGAAGACUUGGAUAACAGCUUGUUGGGGAAAAUGUCUUCAGCAAACUAUGAGCAGAACGGUGUAAAACCAUCUUCCACUUCACUCUACUUACGCUCUGUGCUAAUUAGAGUAGAUGACAUGGACAUUCAUCAGGUAUCCUCAUCUGGACAGGCCCCCCAAAGGCCACCUAUUCUUUCAUGUCAUCAUGUUCCUAGGACUUGCUCUGCUGUCCACAUUCAAUACAUAGAGUAUUACCGUCUUCCAGGCGAUAGUCUACCAGUGCCGCCUCCCGCUCUGUAUAUCCAACUCCAUGGUUUGCUGCUAUAUUUUGCUGCCCAGUCCAUUUUGUGGUUGAAUUUCUUUACGCUAGAUCUAUCUCACCACCUACAGCAGUUUGCAGCUGUGAGUACCACAGUAAAAGAAGGAGCCAGAGAGAUUAGAGAUGUGCGCUUAGAUGGAUUCAACCUUAAGAUCACAUUCCCUGUGCCUUCUCCUUCCUACAGCCCACCAGAACGCCCCUCUUCCAUAUGUGGCCAUCUUUCGUCAGUCACCCUCACUAACACUCGCCAGGCUCCAGGCUCAACUCUUGAUCUUCUUCAAAACACCUUUCGGUCUUUUGCGGCACAUGCAGAUUUUCAUUGCCCUCCAGGGCCUCUACAUCCAGUAUUUCUUUCCCAUGUAUAUCCUUCCUCGGAUCCCCCAUCAGCAUCCUUAUGGAGUUUGCACAGUCCUGGCUUUUCAUUCCAUUUUGAGGGAGGGGUUCCUAAACACCAGAUACUACUACACCCUAUGCCAUUUACUGCUUGGGCCUGUCUUUUACUUCCUGAACAAAAGCUACAGGUAAUGUUCAGUGUUGAAGAUAUAGUACAGUUUCAACUGAACCACUACCAUUACCUCACCUUACUGCGUUUCCAGGAGCAGCUACGGGCUCUGUUUGAAGGCUUACAGAAAGUGGAUGAUUCACUGACGGACAUUGCCAUGAGAAUAUCACCCCCCUGCCCAACUACAGUCUCUGUUGGUCUGUUGAUGCCAGUAGUUAAUAUUUCUCUUCUGCUUCCUGCUUCCACUUUCCGCAGCUCCCCUAUGCUGCCAGAGGAGGAUUCUGACAGAAGUAGUCUUAUUGGAACUGAACUGGAACAAAGUCACAUGGGUGGUGACAGGAGAAGCAAGUCAAAUCCAAGUAACAAAAAUGAGAUUUUGGAAACAUCUUUUGGGCCGGAGCCAGGACAAGAGACUCCAGAAGAAAGUUCUAUGGAGCAGGGAAAGCCUUCCCAGCUGUGUCACCCUAACAAUACAGAACACGUAGAAGAACAAGACAGUCUGGAUAAUAAAGCGGUGGCUCAUGAUGCUGUGCAGCCAAAGGACAUUUCUGUAGACCUUUUAUUGGGGAAGGAGUCUGCACGUGACACUUUGCUUAGCACACUGGGUCUGACACGUGAGACUUUCAGCCUUGGGAAGGAAAGAAUGCAACGCUACUUGAGUGAUUCAAAACAUAAAAAUAUUGAGGUUUCACACAAUCGAACAGGGUCACCCCUCUCUCGCACACAGUCUCUUGAUACGGUCUCAGUAGAUGGUCUGGAUUUGUUGUCUCUUGACAGUGAAACUACAGAGAAUUUCAUACUCAAAUUGGAUGCAGAUAUGGCGAUUAUUGAAGAAAUGGUGUUUACAGAUCAAGAUGACACAUCACAGAGCACAGAAGGUCCAGAGCCCCAGCAAAUUCUCACACUGGCUCUUCACAAUGUAUCCUCUGUGUUACGUGCCUGCGGCGAUGAUGUGUCGCUGACUCUCCAAGCCACGGACAUCAGCUGUGCACAGAAAUCCCAAGAUGUGAAUGGUUCUUCAACAAGUACUACUGGUUCUCCUCCACGUUUCAUCCUGCAUUUUGAUCUUGGUCCCACUGCAGCCUACCUCUCCCCUCUUGCUGUACGUAAUGGUUUUUUAAAAUUACGGAUUCAAGACUUUAUCUCGGAGAUCCCUGUUUCUGCUCUAACUCAUAUAGGACCAUUCUUUGAGGAUGAGCAAAUUCCAGAAGUCUUACCGAUGAUUAUUCAAGUCAGAGACAGCAAGAUUAUACUUAGAGAUGAUGGGCCACGUGUUUAUCCCUCUCCAGUUCUUCCUGAGCCAGUUGCUUUUUCAGUAAAAAACCUGAAAGUGCAACGACAAGAGGAUGGUGUGUUCUACAUCACAGAGGAUGGCACUGCUUCUCUAGACAACACUUCAGAUGAAUUACCUGACAGUAAAGAGGACCUUCAACGAGAAUUAUUAGCUGCUCGUGCAAAAGUAGAACAACAGAGGAAACAGGAGCAACUGCUCUUACAAGAAAUUUGGAAAUAUAACCCCCAAUUCCAUCUCUGAUUAAAGGAUAGCCUCAGUUGCACCAGGGCCCUGAACAUUCUGAAAACCUCUGACCUGUUCCAAACACUGUGCAGCCUCUACCAUAACCUUUGUGUUCCAACACAGUUUCUUGUUUCAAGAAUGACCGGAACCUGUUUAGAGAUGAAUUAAACACCACUUAAUACAAAUGAUAACCAUAUCUGUUACAUGACUAGAACAAAUGUAUGAUGCCACUCUUCACUGCCUGAACUGUGGUAAUUCUGAUCAUCUCUUGGCACCAUUUAAAUCUGGCUUGAUGUCCGCUUCAUGCUCCCACUGCAUCACCAGCUUGUGUUUGUACACCAUCUAAGGAGCCUCUCCAAAAACAGCAAACCGUUUCUGUGCAUAGCUAAGAUAUUUCUCCAUAAUUAAUAUUUCAGAUAAAUCAUUUAUUGACUUUGUAAUGAA